CGAGUUUGCCAGAUUCGACGUCGUUUUGCAAGUUUAAAUUAAAGUUGACAUUACCGCCGUCCUUCAUUCCAAGUUUAACCUGUCUCAGCGUCUUGCGCAAAGCUCCUCUGGGGGCUCUGUUUCUCCCAGCCAUGAUGGGUCGCUGUCAACUGCACCACCGAUUAGGGAUCGGACUCCUCCGUCCGGUCGCCACCUUCCGGUCAUUUAGCACCGUCGACCUCUCCAAUGUAGAUCCUUCUUCCCCACUCCUCCAAUACUACACCGUCACAUCCCCAAUCAAACCCUGGCCCCAACGCCUCUACCCAAAACGCGUCGUCUCCAUGAUCACCUGUCAACAAAACCUCGAUCUUGCCCUCCAAAUAUUCCUCUACGCGGGAAAAUUCCACCCAAACUUUUACCACAAUUACGACACCUACCAUUCCAUCAUCCACAAACUCUCUCGCGCACGCGCCUUCGAGCCCAUGGAAUCCCUCCUCUCUCAGCUCCAAGAUUCCCAAAUCAAAUGCGGUGAAAAUCUUUUCAUCUCGGUAAUCCGCAAUUACGGCCUCGCUUCCCGCCCAAAGUUAGCACUAAAAACCUUUUUACGGAUCGAAAAUUUCAACGUCCAACGAUCCGUUAGAUCCUUAAAUACCUUGUUAAACGCUUUGGUUCAAAACAAACGGUACGAUUUGGUUCACAUUAUGUUCAAAAACAGCAAAACAAAAUUUAGCGUUGUACCAAAUGUUUUUACUUGCAAUAUUUUGAUCAAAGCACUUUGUCAGAAAAACGACGUCGAAGCUGCGUAUAAAGUGUUCGAUGAAAUGCCUUCGAUGGGAAUGGUACCUAAUGUGGUUACUUAUACGACAAUUCUCGGUGGUUACGUGGCGAGAGGCGAUAUGAAAAAUGCAAAGAGUGUUUUUGGGGAGUUAUUGGAUAGAGGCUGGGUUCCUGAUGCGACGACGUAUACGGUUUUAAUGGAUGGGUAUUGUAGAUUAGGGAAGUUCAGUGAAGCCGUUAAAGUGAUGGAUGAAAUGGAGGAAAAUGGUGUUGUUCCGAAUGAGGUUACUUAUGGAGUUAUGAUUGAGGCUUUCUGUAAGGAGAAGAAGUCUGGGGAGGCGCUUAACUUGUUUGACGAUAUGCUUGAGAGAAAGUAUAUCCCUUGUUCUUCGCUUUGUUGUAAAGUAAUUGAUGUCUUGUGUGAAGAAGGCAAAGUGGAGGAAGGUUGUUACUUGUGGAGGAAGAUGUUGAAGAAUGACUGUUUGCCGGAUAAUGCAAUAUUGAGUACGUUGAUACAUUGGCUCUGUAAGAAAGGGAAGGUUUGGGACGCUAGGAAAAUGUUUGAUGAGUUCGAGAAGGGUUCCGUUCCAAGUUUGUUGACUUAUAAUACUUUGAUUAACGGAAUGUGUGAGAGAGGGGAAUUGAAUGAGGCAGGGAAGUUGUGGGAUGAUAUGGUGGAGAAAGGGUGUAAUCCGAAUGUGUUCACGUACAAUAUGUUGAUUAAGUGGUUUUGUAAGAUGGGGAAUUCGAUGGAGGGGAUUAGGAUUCUGGAGGAAAUGUUGGAUAAUGGUUGUUUUCCAAAUAAGUUAACUUACAGUGUAUUGAUUGAGGGGCUUCAGGAUAUGGGAAAGGAAGGGGAAGUUGGGAAGGUUGUUUCAUUGGCUAUGUCAAGAGGGAGAGUUGAUAGUAGUUCUUGGGAUCUUUUUGUAACCAAGAUUGUUGGCAAGCUGGAUAGUGGGGUGGAUGUUCUUGAUCAAUUGUUACUGGAGAGUGUUACCUAAAGGGACCCUCAAUAAGAAUCUCUGAUAUGGAAUGUUGUUCAGACUUUAACUGGGUCAUAAGCUUUUUCUUUGGCUACAUAGUUAUUUCAAGGGAGAUGGGACAACAAUGGGGAGUGUGACACCAGACUCUUAUCAACAAUUGCAAUUUCUGUCAUGAAUUGGUUGUAGCUCUGGCUAUGAAACAGGUCAUCAUGAGAACUUGGGGAACAAGCUGUUUGAGAUUCCCUCAGCCAAUUCAUCUGACUUUCUCUGGCAAAGUACUGAAUUGUAGUAAGGACUAAAGUCUUUACCAUGAUUGCAAAGUGAGCUGUAAGUGACCAAGUUGUCUCGGUAGGUAUAGAAGUUUUCUAAGCUAGCAGCUUUGACAGUUAGCACCCUGAAGUUUGCAAUCACUUUCCAGCUGAGAAGCUUCUCUUUUUACACUGAUAACAGAACAAUAACGUUGAUCUUGCAUGGAUGUGGGAGAUCAGAUUCGCAUGUUGACUACCGGCAUGACGGUGGUGUGGGGAUAGGUCCUUGGAUGAAGACUUGGUAAUUCAACUUUGAAAGUUUAAUUUCCAAAACUCUUGCGUUGGUCAUGUUGUAGUCCUUGGUGCUGCCUGCAAACGAAGACAGCUGGUGGAUAACAUUAACAAGCUGUAUUUUUGAGAGUUUUAGUUUGUACUACUACCCACAUUUUCUCUGUAAGUGUUUGCAACUGAUGACUAAUUCUAGAUUAUCUUUAAUAAGACCUUUUGAUGCAAACCUGACAUUGCAAAGUAUGUAAAAGAAAUAUAUAUAAAGCAAUAAAAUUUUUUAAUUUA